AUGGAGUCACUCUAUCUUCAGAAACACCUUGGGACAUGUCUAACUCAGGGUCUUGCAGAAGUGGCAAGAAUUCGCCCAGUGGAUCCAAUAGAGUAUUUGGCAUUGUGGAUUUACAAGUAUAAGGAAAAUGUGACCAUGGAACAAAUGAAAGAAAAGGAAAUGGCCGAGUUGGAGCGUGAAAGAGAGUUAGCUCUUUUGGAACAGGAGAUGAUGGAGAGGCUCAAAGCAGAGGAGCUCAUGUUUCAGCAGCAACAGCUGGAGUUCCAGCUAGAGUUGGAAAUGCAAGAAAAAGAGAGAAGGAGAAUAGAAGAACUACAGAGAGCGCAAGAUCAAUUAGAGAAGGAGAUGAGAAUGAAUAUGGAAAAUAUGAUGAAGAGUGAAGAUACUUCACAUUCAGAGGAAGCAACAGCAGACUUAGGCAAAACACUAGCUGAAAUUAGCGAUCGGUAUGGAGCGCCUAACUUGAGCAGAGUGGAAGAACUUGAUGAACCAAUGCUGUCUGAUGUUGCAUUAAACAUUGAUCAAGAUUUGUAG